AUGCGCACAUUAGUUACGUUACCUGUAGAGCUCGUUUAUCGAAUUUUCGAUCAUGAAAGUGAUUUUACUCUGUUGUGUUCUAUGAACGAUGUUUGCCAACGACUCAAUCAAAUUCUUCAUACUUACCCUCGGUAUCUAACACUUACGAUAUUAGAUCUUACAGGUAACCAAAUUGGAGUACAGGGAGCACAAUAUCUUGCAAAUGCUUUACAAAUGAAUACGACGAUCACCAAAGUGAACCUUUGUAACAACGAAAUCGAAAGCAAAGAGCUAGAACAUAUAAGCAAAGCAUUAAGAACAAAUAAAACACUUCUGACUUUGGAUCUCGGAAAGAAUAAGAUCAGAAAUUGUGGAAUACAAAAUAUUGCUGAUGCACUACAAAAAAACACAACACUCACCACGCUGAAUCUCCACAGCAAUCAAAUUGGAAAUAUAGGAGUACAAUAUCUCAGUAAUGCUCUACGGAUGAACAUAACACUCUCUGCACUCAAUCUAAGUUGCAAUCGAAUCUCCAAUCGCGGAUCGCGUUACCUUGAAGACGCGCUACGAGAGAAUAAAACACUUAUCAUGCUAAAUCUUAGCAGUAAUCAUAUUGGAGCUCAAGGGGUGUUUUACCUUAUGAAUGGCGUACGAAGGAACACGACGCUCGAAACAUUGAAUCUAUGGAACAAUACCAUUCAGGAUAAAGGAGCACAGUACAUUGGUAAUACUUUACAAAUCAACAUGACGCUGACCACGCUAAAUGUUGGUCGAAAUUGGUUCGGGUUCGGCGCAGCACAGUAUAUUGGAAAUGCACUAAAAACCAAUAUGGCAUUGACCACACUAGAUAUCAGUGGGAAUUAUGUCACUGAUGAAGGAAUACAACACAUCAGUGAUGGAUUAAGCACAAACCAGACACUUGCAACACUCGAUCUUGCACGAAAUGACAUCGAUACUCUAGGUGCACAACAUCUUUCUGAAGCAUUACAGGCGAACAUGACCCUCACAGAACUGAUCCUCAAUGAAAAUCAUAUUGGACCAGAAGGAGCACGACAUCUUGGUCAGGUUUUGCGAACCAACAAAACACUCAAAAUACUGGAUCUCUACAGGAACCAAAUCGAAAAUCAAGGAACACAAUAUCUUGCCGAUGCACUACAAGCAAACACAACACUAAAUAUACUAAAUGUUUCGUAUAAUCGAAUCGGAGAUCGAGGAGCACAAUACUUCGCUGAUGCAUUGCGAGUGAAUACAACACUGACUGCACUGAUUCUGUCGGCUAAUCCAAUUGGAGCCCCAGGUACACAACAUCUUUCUGCUGCAUUGCAAAUAAAUACGACACUUUUAAUACUGCGUCUUUGGAAGAAUAUAGUUCACAACAAAAAGCGGAACAUAUUAUGA